GGUACAAACCCUUUCAUGACGCUUGCGGAACAGCGGAAGAUAGAAGCCACACAGGCCAAACGUGACGCCGAAGAAUCGUACAAGUUCCUUCUUCCGGAAAACCUCAAAGACGCCGAGGGUCGCCGACCAUCUGACCCUGAUUACGAUGGCCGUACUCUUUAUAUCCCCAAAGAGGAUUGGAGAGGUUUCACACCAUUCGAGAGACAGUUUUGGGAGAUCAAACAGAACCAUUACGACACUGUUCUCUUCUUCCAAAAGGGCAAAUUCUUCGAACUUUAUGAAGGAGACGCACAAAUUGGACAUGAUCAAUUUGACCUCAAGCUGACUAAACGAGUUAAGAUGCAAAUGGUCGGAGUGCCCGAGCAAAGUUUCGAUGAGUUUGCCGCCAAGUUCCUGGCCCACGGUUAUAAGGUAGGCAAAGUAGAACAAGUAGAGACGGCCAUAGGUGCCGAGUUGAGGAGGAACGCCGGAAAGGGCUCUUCUACUCUGAAAGAAGACAAGAUAGUGCAGCGUGAGCUCGCGCAGAUCUUCACCAACGGGACCAUCGUCGAUGGAGCGUAUCUUUCCACCCAUGAAUCAAAUCACUGCGUGGCUGUUAAAGAGCAAGUAGAUCCCAACGGCACCGUUGUUUAUGGAGUAUGCGUACUCGACGCCUCGACUGGCGAGUUCCAACUCACCGCCUUGGAAGACGACGUCCUUAGAACAAAGUUGGGCACGUUAUUCCGUCAGAUCCGUCCCAAGGAGUUGCUACACGCUAAAGGCAACUUGUCCUCCCCGACUUUGCGUUUGCUGCGAAACAUUUCACCGCCUAAUGUCUUAUGGCAAGACUUCAAGGAUGGUGUCGAAUUUUAUCCCGUGGCAAAAACUCUCGAGGAGCUAGGGAAGCUUUUUGAAGUUGAGGGUGAUCUGGCAGACAUGAAAGCAACUCUACCUAAUGCAAUCAAGACCAUGUUGAAUGAACCCCUCGCCAUCGAAGCUUUGGGUGGCAUGCUAUUUUACCUGCGCUCGCUUAAUUUGGACAAAGAUCUGGUUUCGCAGGGCAAUUUCACUAUCUUCGAUCCUACUCGUGAAGGCAAGGUUCUUAUCUUAGAUGGGCAGUCUUUGGGACAUAUGGAAAUAUUAAUCAACAACGAAGGUGGUCACGAGGGUACUUUGUUGUCUCUGCUUCAGAAUUGCGUGACUCCUUCCGGUAAACGAUUAUUCCGCAUGUGGAUCACUGCACCUUUGUGUGAGGUGCGAGCAAUCAAUGACAGACUUGACGCCGUCGACGACAUAAUGCAUCACCCAGACUUUGCUGGCAUGUUCACUUCUUCGUUCAAGAAUUUGCCCGACUUGGAACGACUCGUCUCCCGUGCUCAUGCGGGUUCAAUGAGACAGAAGGACUUUUUGACGAUCAUCGAGGGCUUCCAGACAGUUUCCAGCACGCUAAAGACGCUUGUCUCGUCAUCCUCAUCUUUCUCCACAUCGCCAGUGCCGGACCUACUUCGUGGAGCGCCCGAUCUGAAUCCUCUACUACAGCACAUGCGCACCCUGUAUCAUGUCGUCCAAGAGGGGAAGACCAUCGACAUCCUACCCACUCAAGGCUCAGACAGAGAGUGUGAUCAAGCCGAUGCCAACGUCGCAGAGCAAGAAGGUAUCCUGGAGCAACUGCGAGAGAAAGCAAGGAAGCAACUUCAUCUCGCCCGGGGUGAGAUCGCAUAUUGGCAUUCUAACCAAGGGGGCAAGGAGAUCUACCAGUUGCAAGUUGCCGCCGAUGUUGAAGUACCCUCGAGCUGGAGGAAGCAGAGUGGGACAAAGACUGUGUCUCGGUAUUACAAUUCUGAGAUCACGCCUGUUAUCCGAAAACUGCAAGAGGAAAGAGAGAUGCAGAGUGUGGCCAAGAAGACUUUCUUUCGGCGUUUGCUACAAAAGUUUGAUCAAAGUCGUCGUGAAUGGUUGAAUGCUGUCAAAACAGUAGCGGAGCUCGACUGUCUCGUGUCACUCGCCAAGGCAUCUUCCAAUAUGGACGAGCCCAAAUGUCGACCUGUCUUCAUAAACAGUCCUGAAGCGUUUAUCGACUUUACAGAGCUUCGUCAUCCCUCCAUGUGUCUUCGGGCGGAUUUCAUAGCCAACGACGUUCGCUUAGGGAAAUCGGAGCCUAGGACAGUCUUACUCACCGGACCCAACAUGGCCGGGAAGAGCACGUUACUCCGUAUGACCGCAUCGGCCGUGAUCAUGGCUCAAUUGGGAUGUUAUGUCCCCUCUGCCAGCGCGACAUUGAGUCCCAUCGAUAGGAUACAAACACGUAUGGGAGCGUAUGACAACAUGUUCGCCUCUGCCAGUACUUACAAGGUGGAGUUGGACGAGUGUAGCAAGAUCCUCCGUGAAGCUGGACCCAAAUCUUUGGUCAUCCUAGACGAACUCGGUCGAGGUACUUCAACACACGACGGUAUGGCCAUUGCCAUGGCUGUUUUACAUCAUUUGGCUACUCAUACUCUCCCUCUCGGUUUCUUCGCUACGCAUUACGGCUUACUCGCGGAUGAAUUUCUUUAUCAUCCUAAUAUCCGAAAUAUGCACAUGCAGACUCACGUGGAUGAAGAUCUUCUCCAAGUGGUCUUUUUAUACAAACUUAUCCCCGGUGUGGCCGAAUCGUCACAUGGGACCCACGUCGCGCACAUGGCAGGAGUCCCCACAUCCGUAGUCACCCGUGCUCAGAAAGUCUCCGCGGAGUUCUUUGAUGAUACCAAAAAACGACUCGCCACUCGUCGAAAGACCACUAUACCUCUCACUGCUCAAGCGGAUUUCUCAUGGUUGAUAAGACUCGCCAUGGGUCAGAACGAAGAAACGACUGCCAGUCUUUCUCAGAGGUUGAAAAUGGUCACUGAGGCCAUAGGGGGAUAUGAUCUGUCCGGUUGAAGUUUAUGGGGAGAUGAAAGUAUCUACAAUCAUCUGUAAAUUUGCAUUCAAACAUGUAUUCUGUGCAUUAACU